CUUCGAAUUCUUCGUCUCGCCGCAAGCACCGUGCAGCAAGCUCUCAAUACUGUAUUCCACUUUCUCACGGGAAAUUACUUCUCGCCGCUGUCCACCAGCAAUUCAAGCCUCGAAUCUCGCGCCAUGACUAACAUUGUCAUCCUUGGAGCCUCCUUCGCCGGUGUCAGUAGCGCACAUCGGAUUUUGAAACAAGCUGGGAAGACAGGUGCGAAGAUCAGAGUCACUUUGGUGUCUCCAAAUACCCAUUUCUACUGGAACAUUGCCCUGCCCCGAGCCGUCGUCCCUGGACAGCUCUCUGAUGAGAAGGUCUUCCAGCCUAUUGCUCCUGGUUUCAAGCAAUAUCCCGCAGGCCAAUUCGAGUUCAUUGUUGCCUCUGCCAAAAGUCUCGGUGUUGAGGCGAAGAAGGUGCACUUGGAGAUUCUUGGGUCUGAUGAGGACAAAGUGAUUGACUACGACUUCUUGAUUCUUGCCACGGGGACAAGCACUAAAGGGGGGACACCUUUCAAGACAUUGGCCUCGACCGAAGCAACCAAAGAUGGGAUUCACAACAUUCAAGCCCAGAUCAAGAAAGCUAAGACGAUUGUUCUUGCUGGCGCCGGCGCAACAGGUGUCGAGAUUGCUGGCGAGCUGGGAUUUAAGUAUGGAACGUCGAAGGAAAUUAUUCUGAUUUCGAAGGGACCAACCAUUCUCGAGGCAGCCAUCCCAAGUGUGCAGAAAGUCGCAACACAGCUGCUCCAAAACCUGAAGGUGAAGACGAAGCUGAAGACCCAAGUCGUGAGCUCCGUUGAAGGAGCAGAUGGUCGGCACAUACUCGAGCUUUCGAGUGGGGAAAAAUUGAUCGCCGAUGUGUACCUUCCGACGUUCGGUGUCGCGCCCAACUCCUCGUACAUCCCCAAGCAGUUCCUCAACGACCGCGGCUUUGUCAUAGUUGACGAUUAUUUGAAAGUGAAGGGAGCAGACAAUGUAUGGGCUAUUGGUGAUGUCUCGGACCGCGAACCACCUCAAUUCUUAUUCGCAGAUGGACAGUCUGCUCAUAUUGCUAAGAACAUUAUCAAGAUUCUCAGCAGCCAGCCAUCCCUUCCUUACAAGGAUGGUGUACGUGGUAUGGGCUUGACGGUGGGCAGAAAGGCAGGAACUGGUCAUCUGGGAAAUGUCAAGCUUCCCGGAUUCCUGGUACACUUCCUUAGAAAGAACCUGUUCAUUGACAAACUUGCCCCCACUGUUAGUGGUUCUGCGUACUAAGGCUACUUUGCCUAUUUGUUGUUUUUGAGGUUAUGGCAGAUACCACCAUUGCAGAGUAUGCAUGAAUUUGAGUUAAUGGGUUUUUGAGGCCCCAUAAUAUUCUAUCUCUUACUUUGAAAUGAAGUCUUCUAUGGUGAAAGCGCUCGAAUCAUCUGCCUUUCUAAAUUCUUUUCCCAUUCUGAAUACUUCUCAUAGCAUCCACUCAACAUAUAGUUUCUCGUGCUUUUUCACCUACGUUCCCACACGCGCGUAGUAUCGUGAAUGGAGGUUAUUCAAGAGCAAACGGGUACCUCUUCUGG